AUGGAUGACAAUGCAAAGGUGCUCAAGGAGAUUGCCAAGAAGGAGGAGGAGGCUUCCGGCUGGAAGAAGCUGCAUGAGAAGAGUAGUGCCUCAGGGAUGACACUAGAUGCGGUCAUUGAGGACCUUAUGCCUAGAAAACUGAGAGUUGUAGCACAUAAGCGACGGGGCUUUCCAAAUCUGGCGGCCGCUGUACCCGCCUGUAUAGCGCGCGGGCGCUGCGUAGCAGCGUCCAGUUUCCCAAACGCUGCCACCAAGGACGCCGUCCGUGCCUCGGCGGCUUCUGCCGCCACCAAGUACACCAUCCUCAGGCCCUUCCGUGAGAACCGUGCUCUCUGGAUCAUUUCGGGGCUUCAGAAUUUCGAUAGGUCCAAUGUUGCAUCUGUCGUCACGACCGCAGAUAAGGUGUGGAUGCUACAUUUUUGUAUGUACGUUCCCGUCGCCGUCGCGGGGCGUUCUUGGCUCCGAUCGCUUGCCGGCUCCGAGCGGAUAGUCGAUAGUGCCGUGCCCUCUUAUGGCUGGUGCUUGCAGAAAGAUCCAAUAGCUGGAGAGUCUGAAGGGCUGGCAUUUGAGUUCAAUAUCUGCGAAGCUGUGGCCUCAUGGGAGCAGGUUCGCAAGAGUACCACAAUACUCACAAAAGAGUACAUCGAUGCAUUACCAAAUGGCUGGGAGGAGUAUGCAUGGCGCAGGAUCAACAAAGGAAUCCUUCUGAAUAAGUGCAGGAACAUAACUCUUUGCAUGGAGAAGCUUUCAUUGGUUCUCCCUGACACAUCACCAUAUGUACCUCAGCAAUUUGGUAGCUGUGCCGUUGUCCAAUCCUCCACCAAGCCGCCGCCAGUGUUAGUCCCAGCCUUCACCGAGGUGCCACUGUCGGUCCCUGCCGCAGCUGGUCCCAACCUCCGCCGCCGCAUUCUUCGUCGCCCCUCACACGACGCCUCCGCCGCCGCAUUCUUCCCCACCCCCUCCCGUGAUGCCUCCACCCCGUCCACCACGUCCUACCCGUCCUACGACCACCAGUUCCCCACGCUCAUGGACGUCACCCUCGUCGUUGGCGCCAGGGAGAAGGGCGCCGCGUGCGUGGACGGGACCCCGCCUAGGUACCACUGGCUCCCGGGGUUCUGGGACGGGUCCGACAAGUGGCUCCUCCACUUGGAGCUUUGUUUUAGUGUUGGCCUGCGGGGUGGAAGCUGGUCCAGGAACCUGACAUGGUGCACUCAGUGCAAGGAGACAAAUCUAGGUUCCUCUGACCACAUGGAAACGCGGGCCCAGUUCGUCGGCAUCUUGAGAAACGAUGCAUUGCAGAAUCCUGACUUUUACAAUUGGAAUAAAGUGAAGGUAAGGUAUUGUGAUGGUGCACAUGUGUAUUGA